CCUCUCACCAAUCAAUAUUUGUUGACUCGCGGGUUGGAAUCCUUUAAGGUGACUCUCGUUGUGUGUUGCUUGUCAGGCUGGCGUGUGUUGAUCUAGACGGUGUAUAUCUUCCCAGGAAAGAAAAUGAAUUUAUCCAUAAAAUUAUGGAAGAUCUGGACAACUUCCUGCAGGAAGAAGACCAAAAAAAAGUUCUGCUGUUUCCCCCACUUCCAAGCCGCCUACGUUAUCUCAUCCACCGAACCACUGAAAAAUACGAACCUCUAAGUACUUUUUCCAUUGGGUCAGACAGAAGUCGUAGAACAGUUGUUUGUCAUUCUGGAAUUAGAUUGCCUAUUGAAACUGAAUGUGAUGAAAGUGAUAUCUGUAGUAGCACUGGUGCGGAGAUGCAGUUUGGAAAGAAAAAAUACAUGUUUAAGAGUACACCCAAGAAGAGCCAGCCAGACAUAGCCUUAUCUGUUUCAAGAGGGAAAGAAGAAGAAUCCUUCCAAGCAGCAAAUUGUGAGAAAGACAGCAUUCCAGACACAGACAUAAAGCCUUGUGUUUUUACUUCAUCUUCCAACCAAAAUCCAUCUGAAGUGCACAUUUUAUCUAACUUAAUUCCAGAAUCACAUUCAGACUCGGCAGAUUAUCUACAGCAUAUCGAAACUUGGAAAGAAAACUUUCAGUUUAGGGAUGUACCAGUCUGUAUUCAAGAUGUUGUUGCUGAUAGCAAAGAUGUAAGUUACGUACCGAAAGAUCCAGGCAUACUUGAAAGACAGGACAGCAGUUAUGAAUUAGAAACUGGGAAUCUGUUAACUUCAAUGACUCUACAAGACCAACAGGAAGAAAGUCUUGCAGUGAGUAGCUCUGUGGAACAAAGGAAAACAAAUCGUGCAGAAGAAGAUUUGGAAGAAAAUUUAUUAAAAGAGAUCAGAACUUAUCUAAAUGAAAAUGAAAUCUCUAUCACAAAUUCCCAGUGUGAUUAUUCUGCAUACAAUUAUGUGGCAACUAAUGAUGAAGAAUUUGACCACAUUAUAGAAGUUUAUGGCUUUCCAGCACAUCUGAAAAAUGAAGAUAUUUAUGAUGCCUUUGCUGCCUUCAGCAAGGAGGGACUGAAAAUUGAGAGAGUCGACAAGAGCCAUGCGCUUGCUGUGUUUUCUAGCAAGACCACAGCUCUCCAGGCUUUAAAUAUUCAACACCCUUUACUGAAGACGCAUGUGUUGUCAAAAGCAACCAAACAAUCUAAGGGGAAGGCAGUAAAUAACAGAGAGUUCUUACAGCCAGUGAAGAGGCGGCCAGUGGCUGAUGCAUCAGUAGCGAAGAGGCUGGUUGCUAGAGCUUUAGGGUUGCAGAAUCCUGUAAAGCAAAACAAGGACCUAUAAUAUAAGGGGUUUGUUUUUAAAAAACAUGAAAUGGCAAUGGUGAUUACAUAGUUCUCAGUAUUAUUUGGGGUCCGUUUAGCUUAAUUCUAAGCACCACAACUGCACACUCAUUUUGCUGAAGUGUCUAACCCUGCUGUAAGCCUGUGUUUGAAUGGCGGUGAGGAUUUAGCAUGUUCUCUCUUGUGGGGGGCUUUAUCUGGGUGAUCUGGUUUCUUUUAAGGUAAUAUCCUACUUGUCAGAGCAAAUAAAAACAUAUAUUGUGCUAACAGCCAUAUUCACGUUAGGACUGGUGUAAUUCUGAAGUGUGUUUUAGACCCCGACUACUGAGUUAACGUAACUCCACAAUGCAUCUGCCCACUUGUGCCGCUGCCUUCUCUGCUACAUGUAGAUUUUCUGCUUCACCAGAUGUGACUAGUAUAAAAUUGUUAAAAUAAACAAUUUUGCCAAA